AUGAAGAGGAAACAGAAGAGGUUUCUGCAAAUGACGCUGCUCUUCACCGCGGCUCUGAUUUUCCUGCCCGACAUCGGCCUCUGGUCUCUGUACAAGGAGAAGCACCUGGUGAAGCCGCCCGAAGCCGCGGAGCCGCAGACACUUCCUUUGGGGCUGGGAGAUGGACAGCUCUUUACCUGGACUGAUGGCCUGAAAAGGAAGGACUGGCAUGAUUAUGAAAGCAUUCAAAAAGAUGCUAUGCGUUCAGGAAAAGGUGAACAUGGGAAACCGUACCCUCUUACAGAGGAAGACCAUGAUGAUUCUGCUUAUAGGGAAAAUGGCUUCAACAUAUUUGUUAGCAACAACAUAGCACUGGAACGAUCCCUGCCAGACAUCCGACAUCCUAACUGCAAGCACAAGGUGUACUUGGAAACACUACCAAACACUAGCAUCAUCAUCCCGUUUCAUAACGAAGGCUGGACUUCGCUCUUGCGCACGAUCCACAGCAUCAUCAACCGCACUCCAGACAGCCUGAUCGCAGAGAUCAUUCUGGUGGAUGACUUCAGUGACAGAGAACAUUUAAAAGAGAAGCUGGAGGAAUACAUGGUGCGUUUUGCCAAGGUGAGGAUUGUGCGUACCAAGAAACGAGAAGGGCUCAUUCGGACCAGACUGCUGGGAGCCUCACUGGCUAGAGGAGAAGUCUUGACAUUUCUGGAUUCCCACUGCGAAGUCAACGUGAAUUGGCUGCCACCCUUGCUUAACCAGAUUGCACUUAACCACAAAACCAUCGUGUGUCCUAUGAUCGAUGUCAUUGACCACAAUCACUUUGGCUACGAGGCACAGGCGGGGGAUGCCAUGCGAGGAGCUUUUGACUGGGAAAUGUACUACAAAAGAAUACCGAUUCCUCCAGAGCUCCAGAGAGCUGAUCCCAGCGACCCCUUUGAGUCUCCUGUAAUGGCUGGAGGUCUAUUUGCCGUUAACCGAAAAUGGUUUUGGGAGCUGGGAGGCUAUGAUCCAGGAUUAGAAAUAUGGGGAGGAGAGCAGUAUGAAAUCUCCUUUAAGGUGUGGAUGUGUGGAGGUGGCAUGUAUGAUGUUCCAUGCUCUCGAGUAGGACAUAUCUACAGAAAGUAUGUUCCAUAUAAAGUCCCUUCUGGAACCAGCUUGGCACGGAACCUGAAGCGAGUGGCCGAGACGUGGAUGGAUGAGUUUGCAGAGUACAUUUACCAGCGACGGCCUGAGUACAGACAUCUCUCAACUGGUGACAUCUCUGCCCAGAAGGAGCUCCGCAAGCACCUCAAGUGUAAAGAUUUCAAGUGGUUCAUGGCUGCAGUGGCUUGGGAUGUCCCCAAAUAUUACCCUCCUGUGGAGCCUCCACCUGCUGCCUGGGGGGAGAUUCGAAACGUGGCAGCCAACCUCUGUGUGGACAGCAAACAUGGAGCCACGGGGACCGAGCUGAGGUUGGACACCUGUGUGAAGGAUGGCUCAGAACGAACAUGGUCACAUGAACAGCUCUUCACCUUUGGAUGGAGAGAAGACAUCCGCCCUGGAGAGCCACUUCACACCAGGAAGUUCUGCUUUGACGCCAUCUCGCACAGUAGUCCUGUCACACUGUAUGACUGUCACGGGAUGAAGGGAAACCAGCACUGGAGCUAUAGGAAGGACAAAACUUUGUUCCAUCCGGUAAGCAGCAGCUGCAUAGAUUGCAACCCAGCUGAGAAGAAGAUUUUCAUGAACAGAUGUGAUCCUUUAUCUGAAACGCAACAGUGGAUUUUUGAACACAUUAAUAUGACUGUUUUAGAAAAAUUUAACAGCAAGGCCAGUUCCUAGAAGGAAAAAAAAAAAAGAAAAAAAAGAAAAAAUGAACACACCUAUUUACGUACAGACUGCAGACUA